GCACUAACACACACAUACAUACGUAGUUUGAGUAGUAGCUCAGCGCAAGUGCUCAAGUGUGAGCUCGAUUCGCUGCACCGGCUGUCCAAGUGAGCACGAAUGGCUGUAUGGGUGUCUGCUUAGGUGUGUGCGUGUGUAUGUGUUAGUGCAAAAUGCAACUCUGUGGAUGGUAACGAGCUACGGAAGAGAACAGCAAAACAAAAAUUUUAAAUUUAGCAAACUUAGCUGAAAAUACAAAGUGAUAGACGAACUACAAUACCCUGACGGAAGUUGAAAAACAACAGCAAAAACAAUUAGCAAGAAUAUUUAAUUGUAUAUGUGCAUAAGGGUUGGCGAAACUGUAGAGCGCUGCAUGCUGAGACCGGCAAUCGCGCGCACACAUGCGAACGCCAUCAUGCCCGCCACACACACACACACACACAUAAACUUUAGCUUUUGGUCGAGACAAAAUGCACUCACACUAAUGCAACUCUCAGCGAAUGCAGCUGAUGAGAGAGCAGCGAGCGCAAGCUUUCCGGCAGCCAUGGCAGCGACAGCAAAAAAUGUGUGUAGCGAGGAAAUGAAGAAAAAAUAUGUGCACAUACAUACAUACUGGUGAGUGCAGCAACGCCGUACAUGCGAGGAGGGGUAUACGGCUAAGAGUAAAAGUAAGGGUAAAUAGUGUGGACAGCACCAAACAGCCAGCCAGCCAGCCAGCAGCCACUCAGGCAAGGAAGACAAGGAAUUCAGAUACAUUUUUGCGCUACAAUAUUUCUGCAGCGACAAACGCCAUCGCCGCCGGUGCCAAUUAAGCCAGACACACACACACUUGCAUACAUGCUCAUUCACUCAGUGAGUUUGGCAGUUUUGCACUCCGGUACUCUUUUAUCGUUACCAAAGCAAUUGUUUUUAGCACUCUGGACUUUUUGUCGGUAGAGAAGCGCCGAGGCUGAGCCAAGAACUAACUAGAAGCGUCGUCGUCGAUGAGACAGAGUGGUUAGCCAAAACAUCAGACAUCAACGCAACCGCUACACUUAGCCACAGUAUCGCGGACGGACGACGAUGAGAAGAUAUCGCAGGCACAAAUAUCUAAAAAUUUUCACAACUUCAAUUGGAUAAAAUCUCAACCAAAAUACGGGCACAAUUAUACUUUUGUCUAAAACAAAAAAGUUUCCAAUUUUGCAGUACAAAAUCGGAAAUUUUCAAAAUUUAACAGCACAAAAAUACACAAUCUAAAACAAUAAUUAACAAAAACGAAGGCAACAACAAUUUGGCGGCAGCAAAAACGCAAAUUCAACACGCAACGAGGGAAAUGUGCGCAAUUUUCAUGUUUGAGAAAACAAAUUGAUUUGAAAAAUUAAAAUUAAAAUACAAAAAAUCGGAAAUUUAUUUAACUUUCGGUUACCGUUAUAAGCGUUCUGCAACAACCGUUAGCAGCAGCGCCAAACAACAGUGUCCGCGUAUACUCAGCUUAAAACAAGACAAAAAUUAUUAAUUUUUCAAAAACAACAACAUCAAUGCAGCAGUAAACGAGUAAUUAAGCAAAUAAAUUAAAUUUGCACAACAAAUACAACAAAAGUCGAAAUUGGCAGUUCGCAGUUCGCAGUCUACAUAACACAGCAGCAACAGCGGGUGUGGAAAAUUAGCAAACUAAUUUUAAUGCAAAAAUUCCAAAAAAAAUUUUGCUACAAUAAAUAAUUUACCACCUUAAAUAAGUAAAAUAAGUUUUCAAACUACUUACGCCUUAGUGACUUCGUUUUAAGUUAGUUUUUCAACUGAAGCUUGCAUAAUUUUUAAACUUUUUUACGCUUUUUUCUUAAAUACAUACAAGUUUUUAAACUAAUUUUAAUUAUUAUUAAUAUUAGUACGCGCAUUUAAGUUAAUUUUUUUUAAUUUAAACCCAUAUACAUUUAAUACAAGUAUAUAUAAAAACUGUAACAUUCAAAACUACGAGUGCGCAAGUAAAACUCUUUAAAGACUGUUUCGUGUGGGCAGAAAAUAUUUUGAGUGCUUGAUAACACAUAAUUUGUGAAAAGUAGACUGUGAAAAACACUUUAAACAAACAACAAUUAAAAAUAAAAUAAAAUAAAUAAAAAAUACUUUACCGCUAAUUUUAAGCGCUAAUGGACGCUUUUAGUGAAAAGAAAUACAAAUAAAAUUAAAAAUAUUUCAAAACUAAAUAUUUUUUUUUUUGCAUUUUUUGCUUCGGCAAGUUUUUACUCUCUGUACCCCCAAGUGCGUGUAAUGAUUGUUUAAAAAAAUGCAGCAUUAUGACGCGACGUGCGCCAAUCACCUAAAUAAUUUUAUGAAAACAUUGGCGAAAAGUGCGGAAAAUAAUACUUGAAGAUCGUGAGCGACUCAAGCAAGAGGCAUAAACACAAAUGCAAGUGUGAAAUAUACUAGUAAGAGUAAAUCAAGAAAUAAAUUAUAAUAAUAAUAACACAAAAACUGAAUUAAAGUGAGUGAGAACAGGCAACAAAGUGACAAUCGCAGUAUAAUAAAAAAAACAAGAAACUGAAAAAAAAAAUAAAAAUUAAAACUUUAGUUAAUUAAAAUUAUUAACUAAAAAAUAAUAAUUACAUAAAUAAAAAUUAUUUAAGAAGUAAUAAUUAAUUUAAAUAAAAUUAGUAAUAACAAAAAAGUGACACUAAUCACAAACAAUAUUUUAUUAAACAACAAACAAACACAAAUCUAUAAGAAACAAGCAAUAAACUUGGGAUUUCGUUACGUCAAAUCACAACCCAUUUACUUACCAUAGACAUAGAAACGCCGGAUUAGCUGUACAUUUGUGGAGAAACGCUUACAACGGCAACGCAAAGGUUGUGAAAACUUGGAACAAAGAAAUCUGACUGUUUUACUAAAUAUGAUAACACAGCUAUUAUAAAUCUAUAGAAGUGACUAUAUGCAUACAUACAAUAAAGUGCAUGCGAAUUUGCUAUAAAAGCAACAAAUACUACAAAAACAACUUAAAUUUUCGCAAAAAAAAAAACAGAAAUAAAAUACAGUAAAAAUUAUUUUACAAAACCAACCAAUAAUUUACACUGAGAAAAGAGUGAGUGAAGUAGAAACAGCUGAUUUUUGCUAUAAAAAUAAUUAUUGUGUGCCUACAGUUAGAAAAAGUGCAAAAAAGAUAACGCUCGCUUCUCUGCGAACUUCGAACUGACUUCUACUACAACUCAAUAUUUUCAUGAGGCAUUUUGAUUUCAGCUAUAAAUGUUAACAAUUAAUAAAUGCAAUUAACUUGUACUAAAAACGAAGUUAAACUAGAGAAGAAGGAGACCGGCUUGGAGAAAAGCGCUUGCUAAGUUGCUUAGUGCCACCAGCACACGCGGCUAAUACAACCACUUUCUAAGCUAUCAACUGUAGCAAAGCAUAAAAGGCGGUAAAAAGUGCAAAAGUAGCAAAAAAAAAAAUUUAAGAGAGUACAACGCACUUAGAACUCGAGUCGCAAAUAUUACGAUCACCAUAGCAGCAACAAUUUUAAUUACAUAGCAACAAGCGCUCGAGAUAGUUAGUUCGACGACAACUUUUGCAAAAGGCAAAGCUCCACAAGCUCACUGUAUACACGCCCACUCUAGCGUGUGCACGCUCUCUCGCCGGCAUUUUAAGCGCUUACUGCAAUUUUGCAACAACAUAGAGCGAAUAUAAUGAAAUAAAACUGCACUGAGACUAGAUACCUUGAGCGAUUUAGAAUCAGUCGUUGCAAGUUCGUGACUUAAGCUGCAUUGGAAUUGUGCAUACAUUAGUAUUGGUGCAUCGUACACUAACGCUAUCUGCACGCCUUUACUAGCAGAGAUUCGAGGAGUACGCGUUAUAGCGGACGUCACUGUUUAAGGCACAAAAAGAACGACAACAACACCAACAGCAUAGCAUAAUCGUAUUAAUCACAGCAGUGAUCGUAAGUGCAGGCUUUUUUGCUAUCGCCAACAACAACACUUGCGUGUAUUAGCAUCAGCUUUGCCGACGGUUAAGCGCAUUCGUUAAUAUUCGUCGGUCUAAGAUCGGCGCUGCAGCAGUAAUUACAUCGUUGCAUUCGAUUGCAUUUCGUGUUGAGCGCAAAUACGCUCUCACCAACACCACCACGACCACUAGCACAGUACCACCAUAACUACUACUAGUGUGGCCAUCGCGCCAAACUACGACGCUUUACAACGGAAACCGGCCCCACCAAGCCGGCGGCACAGCACUACAUAUUGAAUUUUGAUCAGUUCAUUGUUGAAACGCAGCAUACCCUGGCGCGCGCGUACUCUGACGCUGCGAAACGAAGCAUUUUUUUGCAUUGCACCCGAUUGCAACGAGCCGAGAAAGUGCAUCCGAUUCAUUGGUUGCUGUUGUUGCUCUCGCAUAGAGAUUUGAAUGCGACAACCGGUGUUAGUACGGCGACGAGCGACUCAGUCGGUUAGUGUGCAAAUAAGUAGUAUCCGGAGCAGGAAGGCAGUAAACUGACGACGGUCAGCACAAACGAAUUGCAGUGAAUCAAAAUUUUAUUAGAAAAUAUAUAAUUAGAGAAAAGUAAAUUGGCAAAAAGAAUACAAAAAAUAAUUAACGUGAAUGUGGUGAAUGCAGAGAAAGUCGCAUAACGAAACAAGAAAGAGAGUUAUUAAGUGCAGCAGUAAAAUCGGUAAUUAACACGAGAAAAUAUUUGCAACGACGGCCAAGUGCAACGAGGUCCAUUCACAGCACUUAGCAAAGUUCAGCGCUAGCAACAGCCAUCGCCGCCAUACGAACACGAGCAACUCGAGGAGAAGCAGCGGCGGUAGCUAAAGAGCACACUCACUGCAUUGGCAUUGCUCGGCGAUCCGUGACGUGUACUCCCUCGUACAAGUUGUGUGUGUACGGCUCGUUGUUCCAGAUUCGCGUUUCGUUUCGUGUGAUCGCCGCGUGGCAACGUGCAGUUCGCGUCUGCAAUCAAUACGUUUAAGAGUCAACGAAAUUAGCAAAACGGCAAACUGUUCAAAAAAUCUGCAAGUGGACGGAAUAUAUGAAGAACGUGUUCAAAGUGCUACGAAAAAGUAUUGACCUUUCAACAAAAAGAAAAUCAAAUAAAUACUGUGUAUAAAAAAAUUAAUUAUAUUAAAGCAUAGAACAAAUUAUUGAAACAAGAAAGUAGAAACUUAUAAAUUACAAGUAAAUUUUAAACUAUUUCGUGUUGUUUGAAAUUUAACUGUGAAUUAAACGAGCAAAGCAAGCAAAGCGUAUUGGUAGAAUAAGAAGAAGCAGAAAAAGAAGAAAAGCCCCAUCAACGUGUUCUCUUAGUGAAAUUUUAUACAUUUGUUUGAAUAUUUUUGUGUGCAUUGACCGUUUUGUUUUAGUUUUAUACUAUUUGUUGUUAAAUACUACAAUACAUCACAUAAAUAUAUACUUAACUUUAAGAACAAGCGACUACAUUACAUAUGUACAUUAUUUAAUAAAAAGAACAAAAGAACAACAACAACAACAACAAAAACAUAAGAAAAAACAAAAACAACGCAGUCCAAACUUCUUUUUGGUGGAGUUUCUACGUGCCUCUACAUUACAUUAGCUUACUAGGAUCAGCAGUACAUAAGGAAUACAACAAGUCUGUCAACAUUUUCAAACGUGCAUUAAGGAUAAAACAACACUAAACAAUUAAAAUGGCGGAAGGCAAUGGCGAACUGGUAGAUGACAUCAAUCAAAAAUCAGAAGAUCGCGGCGAUGGUGAAAGAACGGAAGACUACCCAAAACUAUUGGAAUAUGGCUUAGAUAAAAAAGUUGCCGGCAAACUAGAUGAUAUUUACAAAACAGGUAAAUUAGCGCAUGUGGAAUUAGAUGAACGCGCGCUAGAUGCGCUUAAAGAGUUUCCGGUUGAUGGUGCCUUGAAUGUAUUGAGUCAGUUCCUCGAAUCAAAUUUGGAACAUGUAUCGAAUAAGUCUGCGUAUUUAUGUGGUGUUAUGAAAACAUAUAGACAAAAAAGCCGCGCCAGCCAACAGGGAGUGCCAACACCAGCGACCACAGUUCAAGUGAAGGGACCGGAUGAGGAGAAAAUCAAGAAAAUACUCGAAAGAACUGGCUACUCCUUAGAUGUGACCACUGGUCAACGCAAAUAUGGCGGACCACCACCCAAUUGGGAUGGUCCAACACCUGGCAAUGGCUGCGAAGUUUUCUGUGGGAAAAUUCCAAAAGAUAUGUUUGAGGAUGAAAUAAUACCGUUAUUUGAGGAAUGCGGUACAAUAUGGGAUCUUAGACUUAUGAUGGAUCCGAUGACGGGUACAAAUCGUGGAUAUGCAUUUGUUACCUUCACGACGCGUGAAGCGGCUUCAAAUGCCGUACGACAGCUAAAUGAUUUUGAAAUUCGGAAAGGCAAAAAGAUUGGUGUUACGAUAUCAUUUAACAAUCACCGACUUUUUGUCGGCAAUAUUCCUAAGAAUAGAGAUCGUGACGAAUUAAUUGAGGAAUUUACCAAACACGCACCUGGCCUUAUUGAAGUGAUCAUCUACAGUUCACCCGAUGAUAAGAAGAAAAAUCGCGGAUUCUGCUUCCUCGAAUAUGAGUCACACAAAGCCGCCUCGCUGGCAAAACGAAGACUUGGCACUGGUCGAAUCAAGGUCUGGGGAUGUGAUAUCAUUGUCGAUUGGGCCGAUCCGCAGGAGGAACCAGACGAGCAAACAAUGUCAAAGGUGAAGGUCUUGUACGUGAGGAAUUUAACGCAAGACGUUAGCGAGGAGAAACUAAAGGAGCAAUUUGAGCAAUUUGGUAAAGUUGAGCGCGUUAAGAAAAUCAAAGACUACGCUUUCGUGCAUUUCGAGGAUCGUGAUAGCGCCGUUAUUGCAAUGCGCGGCCUUAAUGGCAAAGAGAUUGGCUCUUCUAAUAUUGAGGUCUCACUUGCAAAACCACCAUCGGACAAGAAGAAGAAGGAGGAAAUCCUACGUGCACGCGAACGUCGCAUGAUGCAAAUGAUGCAAGGACGUCCCGGUCUCGUUGGCUAUGAACAAUUAUCUCCAUACAGAAACCUAUCGCCUACACAUCCCAAUAUGAUGUCCUUAGCAGCGCCAAUGCGCUUGCCUGGUGGCCCACGAAUACCGCUGCGCGCACCCAUACCACGUGAUUACGAAGAAAAAGUUGAAAGAAGCACGAAAAGAAUACCACAGCAAAAUUUUUCCCAAUUUAUAGAUUAUGAUUACGACUUUUAUGGUUAUUCGGAUUAUCGUGGCGGCUACAAUGAAUCCUAUUAUGACGAUUUUUAUCGCACCUAUGAUGGAGAGUACUUCUUUGAUUAUCCACCGAGCGGUGUGACACCAUUGCCAACUGGUGGACCCGCUGGUGGACUGCAGAGAACGGCCAGAAAUAAUGUGGGGGUUGGUCGUGGACGUGGAAUCACGGCCACGCGUGGCCGAGCCGUUGGGCUCCGUGGCAACAUCAGCCGUCAGGGGGCCCCUCAAGCGGCGGCGGCGGUGGUGGCGGCGGCGGCGGUGGCAGUUCAGCGGGGGGCCACCGCUCAGGGGGCUCAGGCAGCAACCGGGGGGGUCCGUGGGGUGGGACAAAUGCGUCCCAACGCUCGUGGCACCCAGCACGCCAAGCCGCUACAAAAUUUACCAGUAGUCGGUAAACGUAAAUUCGAUGGAGGUCACCAAAAUCCUGCAGAUAUUAAGCGACGUUACCCGAGCGGUUUAAUCGGAAAUGGCAGUUGGGGCAGUAUACCGUUACCACAACAACCACUGGGCACCAAUGGCGAGCAAUGGUACACAGAUACAUUUCCAAAUUGGGCUUAAAUAGUUAUGAUAAUGACUAAUAUAAAAAAAAACACAAACAACAACAAAAAACUACAACAACAAGCGCAUAUUACAAUAAAAAUAAUAACAACUACAACAAUAAAAUGAAAACGACAACAACAUUCAGUUGCAGUCAUUACAAAAGCAAUUACAUUAGCAAUAAUAACAACAACAACAACAAAAAUUAUAUAAUAAACACAUUAAAACAACAACAAUUACUAUAACAGCACUUUGUUGUAUAUUUCAAAUUUUUAAGCAGUGGAAACAAAAACAAAACUAAACAUAUGUGACAACAAUAAUAACAAAAACAACAUAAUUGAAAAUUUUAAAUGCAUGUAAAUAAAAAGUAGCUAAGCCGUUAUAAAACAUAAAAAUAACAAAAACAAUGUUGCAUACCAUAAGUCCAUAAGGAAAGUGGUGCAAAAAAUUGUCAUCUCAUAGUCUCUUUUGUAAUAUCCCAUAGACAUACUGCAACAACAAUAACAACAACCAUGCAUAUGUGUAUAUUUUCUACAUAUGAAUACAUAAGUGCAUUAAAAUAAUUACUAAAAAAAAUAAUUAGAGAACGUAGAGUGACAAUGAUGCGGAGAAAAUGUUUAAAGUUGCCGAAAAUCUUACAAAUUUCACCUUUUGCGGGAGGGAAUAUAACGGAAGUCAGUGCGAAAAUCUAUAAAAUAAGCAUAAAGCAGGCAUCAUGAAAAAUUAUGUAUAAAUGUGUACUUGUAUGUAACUUUCCAUAUACAUAUGUAUGUAUUUGUGUGCAAACACUUAGAAAAUAUAAGAGUUGCCUUUGCAGCCCGUAAUUAGCAACAACUUCAGUCACACAGACAUACUUCAUAAACGUAUUUGUACACACAUUGGAUAGCAGAGGGUGUUAUUUUAAAUUACAAAAAUAAAAAUUAUAUAUACAUACAUAUGCAUACAAAUAAUAAUAAAUAAUUAUACUUAAACUUCUCCAUUGCGAAAAUUAGUAAAAAUUAAAUGUAAUAAACAAAAACAAUAGAAAAAACAUUGAGCUGUACACAUUUGAAGAUUCACGUCCGUAAAUUUCACAAUUAAAAAGAAAAUUAUUAUGUAAAAACUGCAUGUAAAUGCAAAAAAUUUUAAAUAAAAUUUGUAGUCUGAUUCGGCGCAGAAUAAAGCAUAGCAAAUGAGAAAUAUAUUUGCAAAAAUAAACAGACAACAAUUUUUAACAGGUACACUCUUACGUUUCUUCGCUGCUUUGCGCAUUUUAAUUACGUACACACAUACAACAAUAAAUUUUUAAACGCCAUAAAAAACAAAAAAUAUUAGUGAUUUGAAAAGAAAUGCAUUUUAUCUAACAUUACAGCUGCAAAUUCUUAAUUCUUGAAUUAAAAUAACAAAUCGUGAACUAGUAAAAAAUUCAAAACUUAGGUUUAAGAAUGAACAGUUGUCAGAAAAUAUGGCUAUCAUUUAAUUGUUAAAACAAAACAAAAACUAUUUCGACAAGCACUUUUUAUACAUUAUUAUAUACAAAAUACAGACAAGUAUAAACAAUACAAAAUAAAAAAUAUAAAUUUAAACAAAAAAUAUUUUACAGCAAAAACCUCCCAAAAUAUCUAAAAACACACACGAAUUUGUAAAUAUGUUGCCGAGUAAUUAAAAAGAAAUUACAAAUUAAAUACACAUAAGACUAGUAAAACUUUAAAUAAAGCGUCUUAAUUUUGAACACAAAAAUAUAUGUACGUCUUGAGUGCUGAAUUGAAAAUUGCAAAAAAUUAAAAAAAAAAAAAAAUUUUAAAAUAUUUACUUUGAAAAUUCAAAAAGCAAAGCUUGGCGAAGAAAUUGACUGACAAUUGAAAAUUCUUAAAAAUUAUACAUGAUUAGCAAGUAUGUAUGUAUAUGCAAACUCAUACGAUUAUAAUGGACAACAAUUUAUAUGAUAAUGCAUACAACAUAUGUAUAUGUAGUAAAAAAAUUACAAAAAAAAACAAAAACGUUUGCAAUUAUAUGAUGCAAUUUAAGGAAAAUAGCCGACAAAUGGUUAUUUUGUGCGAAAGUGGACGGCAGCAUGUGGCAUUAUUGUGUAAUGUUGACAUGCUUGUAUAAAAAAAAAAUUAAAUAUAAAUUUUAAACCUUAACGGAUAAUAUACAAAAAAAAAACAAAUUGUUGAAAAAACACUAUUCUCUGUUUUAAGUUUUGUAGUUGAUGACAAAAUUUCGGCAAUUUGUUUGUGCAUUGUUUGAUUGAAUCAUUUUUUAUAACUUAACAAAAAUAGAUAAAACUUUUUGACUUGUGCGUAACUUAAAAAAUUCAAUAUUUUCGAAAGUAUUUCAAAAAAAAAAAAAAUUCGCAAAGUAAAUAUUUCUAUAAAUUAAAAAAAAAAACUUUGUAUUUUCUCAAAAACAAAAAUUGUAUUAUACGUAGAAAUGUUGUUGGCAAUACAAAAUAUAAUAUUAUCUUAAAGCAAAGGGAACAGUUGGAUCUAUUCUUAUUUCAAAAAAUAAAAAAAUAGUACUGUUGGGAGGUGUAGAUAAUAUUUCAAAAUAAAUUACAAGAACUCAUGAGAAAAAACGUAAUUAAAAUAAUAAAAACUGCGUUUAGUGUGUAACGUACAGUAACAAAAUAGAUACAAAUAAAUAAACUGGGUUAAUUGAACCAGCAAAUUAUCAUAAAACACGGCAACGAACUAAUUAAACAUCACAUUAUGAUUUUAUAUUUAUGUAUUUUUAAUGCAAACAAAACAAAAACAAUUUCCCGUAAGAAAACCACUAUAAACAAUGAAGAUAUCUAGAGCAAAAAUUAAGCUUAACGGUGAAAACAUCAGUGUCACAUAUUUAUAUAGUAUAAAACAAAAUAUGAAACUUUUAAAAUAUUACAAAAGUAAGCGAAUACGUAUAAAAAUCUUAAAAGAAACAUAUACUUCUUUAGAUACAUAUACAUAUAUAUGUAUAUACAAUAUAUAAAUUUCCCUAAAUACAAUUGACUAAUCAAUAAUUAAUAAAAAUAGUAAUGCAAAAUCGGAAUUAAAAUAAUUCAUAUAUAUAUAAAAGCAAAUAAACGAUUCAAGUAUCCACAUGCAAUACAAAAAAAAAAAAAUAACCUAACAUAACCUAGAAUUAUUUAUGCCCCAAGUUACAUAACACACGAGUAAAGAUAAUCAUACAUAAAUGCUCUUAAAAUAAAUAACAAAAAGUGAAAUAGUGAAGAAAAUCAAUUACUGCACACGCACGCCACAAACACAUUUCGGUAGCAGUCAACCAAUAAUACAGGGUAUCUGGUGUUCCAUUGUUUGAAAGAAAGAGCAGUGCGACAGAAAGAGAGAGGAGCGAAAUUACUAAAGAAUUAGAUUCUGUUUCUGCAGUUUAUUUCCACAUUCUUAUGCGUAAAGUAAAAAUGGAUUGAACAUUUAAAAACCGAUAGAAUUUCUGAAACUUUUCAACCGAAUAAAAUAUAUUAGUUGGCAAAAUUUAAUAAAAAAAAUGUAUACAAUUUCUAGAAAACAAAAAUAUUUUUGCCACUUCAUCUCCCACUUAAUAAAAAAGUGAAAUAAAAUUUCUAAAAAGUAAAUUCUAAAUAUUUUUUGGCACUUCAUUUUCCACUUGAUUUUAAUAAAAAGUGAUUUCAGUUAAUGAAAGUCAUCUAUAAAUUCAAAUUGAACAUUUUAAAACAAUCUCAAAAUAAAAUUGUGUAUAAAUGCAACUCAAACAAUUUAAAUUUGACUAAAAAUCCAUUUUGCUUUCAAUCACAUCCAUAGUUUACGCUUUUCAAUAGCUAUAAUAAAAAUAGUGAGUCUUGCAGCCUAUGCAAACCUUCUGCAUUUUCGCAUAAAAAGAAAAACGAUUCAUUGAUCAAAGAGUAAAGGGGAAAUUAUUAUAAUAUAUAUAUUUAAUUCAAACCUAAGCUUUUGCACUUUUUUUUACCUUUUACCAUUAUAUAUUCAUUUUAUGUAUUCAUAUAUAUUACACACUUAAAAUAUAUUUCUACAAUAUUUUUGUUUUCAAUAAAACUUGAAUUAUAAUUAAUAAAAAAUUACACGUACGCACAUAAAAUACUAUAAAAUGUAAACACACACCAUAUAUAUAUUUGCAAAUUCUUUUAAAAUUUUAAAAAAAUUCAUAAUUUUACGUAUGCCUGCCCCAGAAAAGCCGUGUGAAAAAUUAAAAAAAAUUUAAACUAUUACUAAUAUCACGUUAUACACAUAAAAACUAAGAGAAAUUUUGGCAUAUACCAUAUUAAAAAAAAUAUAUUACAUUAUGAUUGGUGACUUUAAAGCAUAUAUGUAUGUAUGUAAAACCACUUCUACAUUUUAAAAAUGAAUUGCAAAUAUUUUGUAUUUUUACUAUAAACUUAUGUUUUAUUUUAUUUAGUCUAACAUUUUAUUGUUUUAUAAUUAACACUUAAAUUUAAACUUGCAAGAAAUGAAAUUGUACUGAUUUAUGUUAUAUGUAUGUAUUUUAAGUUAUGUUGUUAAAAAAAAAAAUAAAAAUAUAUUAAAAUAUAUUUGAGUACAUUUAAAAAAUAUAUUUAAUCAAACAAUAAACCACUGUACAUUGUCAUAUCUGAGUGUAUAUUUAGCAAUAAAAUUUAUUAAUAAUUGAUAAUAUUCAAAAUUGUUUAAAUAUUUUAUAAUUUCUUUCACAAUUUUCCAUAAUUAAAAUUUUUUUUUUUUUGCAGUGCAAGUUUAAAAAAAUGUUAUUUUGUCACUAAAAUUUAAAUAGGUAUUUUAAAUUACUUUCGUACCAUUAAAAAACAUUAGUGUUUAAUGAAAUUAAUAUGAAAAUAUUAAUUUUUUGUUUUGAUAUUGACUAAUUUUGUUUCGUAAAUUUAUAACUGUUUUAAUUGUAACCAUGUUCUGUUUAAUUUUUAUUUUUGGAAUCGGGAAAGCAAAUCGUUGGCAAAUAAUUUAAGCAGAUCUAAAUGUUCAGUGGUUUAAAAUUGGCGCUUUGGCUAUUUUUAAUUUUUCGUUUUGGCAUAUAACAAAUUAUGUAUUUUUCCAACAUUUAUAAUUUUUUUUCACGUGAUUUUCGUUUUGUUGUAGCAAAAUAUAUUUACUUUGUAUCUUAUUUUAUAAAAUUACUAAACAUAUGGAUAACACUCAUUUGAUUAUUGUAACAUUUUUUUGAAUUUAUUGCUAAAAAGAAAAUUUGUUUUAGUGCAUAAAUCUAAAUUUUAAUAACAUAUAUAUAUAUAUAUAUAUAUAUAUAUUUUGCUUAUACACAUGCCGUUUGUAUAUUAAAUUUAAGCAAUGUGUUAAAAUUACGCAUUAUAUAAUUAACUAAUUGUAUUUUAAAUGGAGUAAAAAACUAAAACAAAAAGAUGUAUGAACAUAAAAAUAUAUUAUGCGAACAUAAAAAUAAUGUUUUGAUAAAAAAAAAAAAAACAUUAACAAAAACAUAAAUAAUAUGAUAUAAGAAAAAUGUGAUCGCAAAAGUAGUAACGGAAUCGUUGAGUUAGAAGAAAUGGCAUAUACAUACAGACAUAUUUUAAGUAACUACAUAUUUAAUUAAAAAAAAGUGGCGCAAGUAAUGCAAAAUGAGUUGCAACGGCAUACACGUAAUUUCUGAACAAGAAAAAACAGACUGCGAACUUUAAGGUAGAUUUUUUGUUGUGUAAAUCAUUAAGUUUUAAUUGGCAAAUAAAGUAAUAAAAUAAAUAAAGAAUAAAAAAUAAAUACAAAAAUAAGUAUUUUUUCUUAUUGGCAAAUUUAGUUAUUUUCUAAAUUCGAUAGGCUUGCAUGUAGUUUUCUCAUUUCUUUGGGUAGCCAUAUAUUAUAUGAUAAUUUUUACAACCAACGGAUAAUCACCAAACAUUUGGAUUUUGAAAUGCCAUUCAUAAAGGUAUUUAUGUGCUUAUUGACACAUGUAUAUGUAUGUAUCAAUACUUGGCUUGACGCUGAUGUUAGCUGAAAUAGUGUUUUUGAUCUAUCAUAAUUAUAUUAUAUUAUUAUUAUAUUUUCAGUAUGCUUUUUUAACUUUUUUUAACUUCACUUUAACCGGUUUUUAUACAUACAAACAUUGUUUAAGUAAUUAACUUAUAGUUUUCAUAACUCAUUAUUUAUAAUUACUAUUCAACUUCAAUUGUUCUAAAUCUCCAUAUUAAUUUUGUAACAAUUUGUAAAAGCUUAUUCAGCACCAAGCACUUGAUCUCUAUCUCUCUACUAGUGCUCUCCAUUUUAAAGAUGAACAUUUAGAUCAAAAUAUUGUAUUUAAAUUUGGACUUGAACGCACUGAAUGCACGAAAUAGAAUACAGCGCAAUUACUUUAAAUAAAUACAAAAUUAUAAGAAAUAUGCAAAUUGUAUGUGGUCAUAACGGAAGAAGAGAAAACCAUUUGACGAAUGCGUGCAAUUUCCGUUAAUGUUAAGACCGAACACAGAAUGGCGUCAACUACGAAUGCACAGUCGCCGCGGCCAAAAUAGUGUUGGCCAACAACCAGUUUAUAUCAUACACCAACACUAAAUCGCAAAACGUAACGUCGCAUACACAUCCACUCGCCGUAACCGAACUUACAAAAAAAAAAAAGAAAACAUUUAUAAAAAUAAUAUUAAAUAAACAGAAUAAUGUAUCAUCCGUUUUUUACAUUGAAAACGUAUGCCUUUUUCUAAAAUUGCUACAAUUUUUAGCUGUUAAUUAUUAAGAUUUAAGGAAUAUAAUGGAAUUACUAAAAGAGCUAUAAAAAAAAGAACUAUACACAAUAAAUAAAUAAAAUAACUUAAAUUUAAA